UAGAUAUAGAGUGGAUAACUUUUCAUGAGGGGAGUGUCACUAGAAUGCUCGCGGGCUCCAAUGUAGCACCUUUGGUAUCCUGUAUAGUGUAAUGAGUACUUAGAUAUUUAUUUAACUAAAUACAUGCAUUUACUUAGAGUACUUUUAUAAAUCAUUCACAUUAAAUAAAAUUCAUUUAAGGAAAUCUAUAAUAGGCUUAGUUACUGUUUCAUGUCACGAAAGUAUUUAAGUACUAUAUUCAAUAUUAUAAAUAAAAAACGGUACUUCCAAAAUGAAUAUAAAUAUUUUUAUUAAUAUUGAUAAAUAUAUGAGACUAAGAAAUAUUGUUAUCUAAAUUAAAAUACUAUUUCCAGUAGUUCUUGAAUUAUUUGUACCGAAUUUAAAAUACAUUUAUAACCUCACACUUUGUGUUUCGUUUAUUGGUAUAUAACAUAAUCUUUAAUACAAUGCUAUCACGUUUUGAUUCAAAAAUAUUUCGAUAUUUUGUACCAUUUAUGGUACUAGUUGUGGGAGGGUCAUUUGCUAUACAAGAAAUUACAGAAAUAAGAUACAAAUACCGAAGGACGAUUUCGUACGACGAUGUAAAAAAAGCAACAAAAGCACAAGGUAUUGAAAUGAAACCAUCUGAGAGUUUAGAAAAAAUAUAUGAGGAUAUGAAGGAGAAAUUGGAUAUUGAUAAUUGGGAAAAUAUUAGAAUACCAAGACCAUGGGAAGAGGAAAAUAAUGUAGAAAAUAAAAGCACAAAAUAAUUUGUUAAUUAUAAAAAAAAAAUUUAUUUUGUUUGAUCGAAAUUAUGAAGCAUUUUUAAAGAAAAUGGAUCACAAUUUCCAAAAGCAAGUUGCAAUGCUGUAUCAGGAUCUGUUUCUGUACCAGCAUAAUAGAGUUGAUCUUCUGUCACAUCAGGCAAAGGUGGAUUUAAGCGAACUUGUUUCCUUUGUAACGGACAAAAUACUAAUUGAUGUUUAAAAGUAAUAAUUGCCAAUAUAAAUGCAUCUCUAUAUUCCUUUGUAACAACUAAUGACUUCAUAUUCAAAUAAGAUCCCAAUCGAGUUAAAGCCUAUAAAAAUAAUUAUAAAAUAUUAUUGAAAAUUAGAAGGUACAUAAAAAUAGAAUUUGAGAAGACUUACCCUAUGUAUAUCACAGUCUGUAUUUAUUGUAAUAAAUUUUUUUGCCUUAUUUAACCCAAUUCCAGGAAGGGAAGGUAAAUAAUCACAGCCUGAUAAAAUACACAUGUUACGAAAACUGUCCAUAUUAAAGUGCUCUGCACGUAAUCCCAUAGCAAGAUGUAAACGCUCUUGGUCAACUAAAAGGCCAUUACCAUUUAUAUCCAUUUUAAAAAAUACCUGCAAUAUGAAAAAGAUUAAUUAAAAGUGAAAUUGUUAUAAACAUGUUGAUAUUACAUUAUUUGCAAGUUUAAAUGAUUUAAUAAUAUAUGAAAACACUAAAUUUAUACAUAACAAAAUACAAACUUUUGUACAACCAAAUAAUGUUAAAUCACUAUCUUCUGUAAUAACAAGAUCA